AUGCUUCAGUUUUCGUCUGCAGAGGACCUGCGCACAAAGCUGACUCUCGCGACGAUCGCAAGCAAGCACAUUACAAUAGAGACACCCGGCUUGCGUUUAGAGGAGCAUGAAGUAGCGUUUGCCAAGUUGAUAUGCGGUAUUUCAGAUGGAACAAGCCUGACCGUUUCUCCUACAGGGACUAGGAUGGUUUUUAAGCCUGGCAUGCUUCGCGGUGGUGACGUGACGUUCUCUUGCCCGCUGGAACGCGGUGUGGGCUACUAUCUGGAGUAUUUCGUUUUAAUUGCAAUGUUCUGCAAGUUUCAACUACGAUUGACCCUUACGGGCGUAACGAAUGACAAUUACACACUUUCUGUAGACACGAUAAGGGAUGUAACCAUUCCUCAAAUAGCAUUUUUCUGCGCUGACAAAGACGACAUUUAUCUGGAUGUUAAGUCUCGUGGGUUCAUGCCUGGAGGGGGAGGAGAAGUCACUCUUGUAGCUCGGCCACAGGACAAGCUAAAAUCUGUCGACUACAGUAAGCUGUCGAUUUUCGAAGAGGUGCGCGGGUGCUGUGUCUCAGCUAACCUGCCAACCGCCCUCCCCAACCGUGCAAUCACUGCUGCAAAGGGUGAGAUUCUAAAGGUCCUCGCAAACGUCCACGUGGCAGCAGACUAUUGUCAGAAGAGACGCAGUGGGAACAGUCGCGGCUUUGGACUAUCUCUCUGGGCAAAAACAUACUCUGGAGCACUGGUCAGCGCAGACCUCUUCACAGAUACUGUCACAGAGGAUCUUGCUGAUCCGGAGGCCAUGGGGCUGUUUGUUGCACGGGUGCUCUUGCGGGAAAUUCAGUACAUGGGGGCUCCUGACCUUAGGCAUCAGCCAAUUAUUCUGCUGUUCAUGGCGUGUACCAUUGAAGAUGUGUCUAAGUGCAGGCUUGGACCGCUAACAGAGCGUUCUGUGCGGACUCUGCGUUUAAUCUACGAGAUAUUAGGUGUGCGGUUUUCGCUGGAACCAGUCACAAUUGCAUUUGAAGAGGAUUAUGUCAGCGAAAAGGAGUGGCGAAGUGAUAAUGCACGAGAUAUAAUGAAGACUAAGACCCUCGAUUUUGUCAUUGCCAUGUGCAGGGGAGCUGGAAUUCGCAAUAUUAAUAAGAUGGGCUUCUGA